AUGCGGAAACGAGCAGAGAAAAUAGUUUGUGAUAAAAAUGACACGGACUUUCCUUCUUCUCUCCAUUGCAAAGGAUUCCCUCAUUUCUCGUCGUCUCGUGUUUCUUUCUUAAUUUGCACUACUUCUCAAAUCAUUUCAUUCUCUUUCUUUUUCUUCCUUUAUAUGAUGCCUGUUCUUUUAUAUAUUACGUUUCUUUCCUUUUAUUCACCUUUAUUCUCUCUUCAUUUCUUUCCUUUUAUCCACCUUUAUUCUCUCUUUCGUUUCUUUCAUUUUAUUCACUUUUAUUCUCUCUUUCGUUUCUUUCCUUUUAUUCACUUUUAUUCUCUCUUUCGUUUCAUUCCUUUUAUUUUUUUUAUUCUCUCUUUUUCUUUUUUUUUCCUUUUAUUCACUUUUUAUUCUCUCUUUUCGUUUCUUUUUUUUUUUAUUCACCUUUUAUUCUCUCUUUUUGUUUAUUUCUUUUUUCAUCUUUUAUUUCUUUUCGUUUCAUUCCUUUUAUUCACCUUUAUUCUCUCUUUUGUUUCUUUCCUUUUAUUCAUCUUUAUUCUCUCUUUCGUUUCAUUCCUUUUAUUCACUUUUAUUCUCUCUUUCGUUUCAUUCCUUUUAUUCACUUUUAUUCUCUCUUUCGUUUCAUUCCUUUCAUUCACCUUUAUUCUCUCUUGCGUUUCUUUACUUUUAUUCACCUUUAUUCUCUCUUUCGUUUUUUACUUUUAUUCACCUUUAUUCUCUCCUUCGUUUCAUUCCUUUUAUUCACCUUUAUUCUCUCUUUCGUUUCAUUCCUUUUAUUCACCUUUAUUCUCUCUUUCGUUUCUUUCAUUUUAUUCACCUUUAUUCUCUCUUUCGUUUCAUUCCUUUUAUUCACUUUUUAUAAAAAAAAAAAAUUUUUCCAUUUAUUCACCUUUAUUCCCUCCUUCGUUUCAUUCCUUUUAUUCACCUUUUAUUUCUCCUUCGUUUUUUUUCACGAAUUUUUAUUCACGUUUUAUUCUUUUCUUUUCGUUUCAUUCAUUUAUUCACCUUUUAUUCUCUCUUUUCCUUUUUUUUAAUUUUUUAUUCACUUCUUUUAUUCUCAAUUCUUUUCGUUUCAUUCUUUUUAUUCACCUUUUAUUCUUUCUUCGUUUCAUUUUUUUAUUCACCUUUUUAUUCUCUUUUUUUCAUUUUUUAUUCUUUUAUUCUCUGUUUUCUUGUUUUCUCCCCAUUUAUUCACCUUUUAUUCUCUUUUUUUCGUUUUUUCCCUUUUAUUCACCUUUAUUCUCUUUUUUUCUUUCUUUUCAUUUUUUUUUAUUCAUUUUAUUUCUUUUUUCUUGUUUGUUUUCUCUUUUAUUCACCUUUUAUUCUCUCUUUCGUUUUUUUUUUUUAUUCACCUUUAUUUCUUCUUUCGUUUUUUUCCUUUUAUUCUUUUUUUUCUCUCUUUUUUUUUUUUCAUUUUAUUCACCUUUUAUUUUCUCUCUUCGUUUUCAUUCCUUUUUAUUCUUUUUUUUUAUUUUUCGUUUUUUUUUUUUUUUCCUUUUUUUAUUUUUUUAUUCUCUUCUUUUUUCGUUUCUUUCCUUUUAUUCAUCUUUUAUUUUUUUUUUUCGUUUCAUUCCUUUUUUAUUCAUUUUUUAUUCUCUUUUCUUUUUCUUUCCUUUUAUUCACCUUUUUUUAUUUGAAUUUUCGUUUCAUUUCUUUUAUUCUUUUUUCUUUUUCUUUCGUUUUCUUUCUUUUAUUUUUAUUUAUUCUCUUUUCGUUUCCCCUUUUUUAUUUUUUUUUUAUUCUCUUUUUUAUUUUUUUCUUUUUUAUUUUUUUUUUUCUUCUUUUCGAUUCUUUCCUUUUUAUUCACCUUUUUUUUUUUCUUUUUUUCAUUUUUUUUUAUUCUUUUUUUUUUAUUUCGUUUCAUUUUUUUUUAUUAAAUUUUUUUAUUUUCUCCUUUGUUUCUUUCCUUUUAUUCACUUUUUUUUCUUCUUUUGA